AUGUUAGCCCAAGUAGUAGCCAACCAAGGGGUUUUUGCUCCUCCUAAUGCUCCUACUCUGGCCUCUAGAGUGAGGGACUUUGCAAAAAUAAAUCCUCCUGAAUUCUAUGGUUCAAAAGUGGAAGAAGAUCCUCAAGAAUUUAUUGAUGAGGUCUACAAGAUAAUUGAGGGAGAGAAACUAAAAAAGAUGAGAAUGAGGGAUUUUAAGAGGGCACGUUAUGAAGGUGAGUUCUCUAAUGCUAGGACCGAUGGUGGAUGUAGUGGACGUUCUCAACAAGGUGAAGAUUCAGGUAAGAAUCUUGUUAAGGAUAGGGUGUCAUACCCUAAAAUUCAAGGUGAAGGUGUGAAUUCUAGUAGCCCUUCCUUUCCUAAAUAUGCAAAGUGUGGAAAGAACCAUGGAGGGAAAUGCUUGCUGGGAAUGGGUGCUUGUUAUGGAUGUGGCAAGAUGGGCCAUAAGCAAUUUGAUUUCCCUUAUGUUUCCAACAAAGGUGUAGAAGGUUGUCCUCAAGGAGACCAAGUGCAAAAAGGUACCCAAGAUCCACCUAAGGGUAGCCAACACAACAACCUAUUAUAUGCCUAUCAUGCUAGGCAAGAUGUGGAAGAGACUCCCAAUAUGAUCACGGGGUAUGUUAUGGGUAUUUAA